GUGCAAUGCAAAGUUGAUUGCUUACCAAAGAUUUUUCCUAUAUAUGAAUCAUUUUUGACUAAAAAUUGUGUGUACUAAGGAAUCUUACGGUGAUAAAUAUUCUCUAAUGCAAUGGCGACAUCCAGCGACACUUCAGAUCAAAAUGUGAAGUCAAGACGUCCAGCUGAAUCUGCUUUCAAGCAGCAGCGCCUGCCCGCCUGGCAGCCUAUUUUAACAGCUGGAACAGUUCUACCAACAUUCUUCGUGAUUGGAAUCGCCUUUAUUCCUGUUGGAAUAGGACUUUUGUAUUUUUCAGAUGAGGUUAAAGAAAAAGUUAUUGAUUACACCGACUGUAUGAAACAAGAUGAGAACAUAUCAUGUGCUGAAUAUAUAAAACAGAACUUACUGGAGCCAUGUACUUGUCAUUUAGAUUUUAACUUAACGGAGCAUUUCAAAGGAGAUGUAUACUUUUACUAUGGACUGAGUAACUACUACCAAAAUCACCGCCGAUAUGUAAAGUCACGAGAUGACAACCAGCUGCUUGGGCGCUUGUCAAUGACUCCAUCAACAGACUGUCAACCUUUUGAUUUUGUUGAUGACAAACCUGUAGCACCUUGUGGAGCUAUAGCUAAUUCACUUUUCAAUGAUACUCUGACCGUGCGCUCUAUUGAGUUUAAAAUGGAGAUUCCUGUGUUUCGAACUGGAAUUGCAUGGAGCUCUGAUAAAGACUUUAAAUUUCGAAACCCCCCAGGUGACCUAAAAACUGCAUUUGCUAAUUUUUCAAAACCAGUGAAUUGGCAUGUCAAUGUGUGGGAGUUAGACCCUAAAAAUCCAGAGAACAAUGGUUUCCAGAAUGAAGACCUGAUAGUUUGGAUGCGGACGGCAGCAUUGCCAACGUUCAGGAAACUCUAUCGACGCGUGGACCACAGCAUGGAUGGAUUGUCCAAUGGGCUGCCCAAGGGAUCUUACGUACUAACAGUGGCGUACAACUACCCAGUAAAAGACUUUGACGGCAGAAAGACUUUCAUAAUAUCCACGACUUCCCUUUUGGGAGGCAAGAAUCCGUUCCUUGGCGUGGCGUAUGUGGUUGUCGGAACACUGUGCUUGCUUCUAGGCAUCGUACUAUUGGUCAUUCACGUUCGUUGUUCUAAGAGCACAACUGAAAUGAUCAACGUGAAUCCUCGCACACCCUACUCUUAAACGUCGGAUCAUACACAAGUAAGCUGUACUGAGACUUAUUGUUUUGCUAGCGAAAAAUGAUUUUUAACUCUCACAAAGUACUGUGAAAGGAUUGCAAUAUAAACAAUGUUUAGCGAAUCAAUCCAAUGAAACAUUUUCAUUUCACAUUAAGGUCAACAAACAGCGCACUGAGUAAAAAAAUAAAAAAUUCUAUCAACUUUGAAGUAAACGUAAUCUUUAAGCGAUUGAAAGAAACUGCUUUGCACUUUGUACUUUUUGACAAAAGACCAGGUAUCGAAAGGGUACGCUAGCGCUUUACACUGUAAGUAAUAACGUUUCUAGGAAUAUUACAGUUAUUGUGUCUAAUUUGAAAUAUUUAAUUCAUGGAUUUUCUUCACUAAUUGCUUGGCGGACCAUAUGACAAGAAGUGUAUUUUUAAAAUAUUCACAUGGC